UCAGUCGUCGCCGCGCGCCAGCGAGGACGAGCCUGCCGCCCCGGCGGCCCGCGUCCCCGACCCGGAAGGCGGCGCCGGCGCCCCGGGACCCCGCGCGCUUGGGGCCCGGGCGGCGAGGAGGCGGCCUGGACCCCGCGGCGCCCUCGGCCUGGGAGCGGCGAGCGCAGCGCGCAUCUGAAGACCUCCACGGCUCAGGAUGGGGAACCACGCAGGGAAGCGAGACUUAGGUGCCGAGAAGGGAAAUAAGGAUGGUGAAACUAACAGAGGAGAAUCUGAAAAAAAGAGAAACCUUCGUGACCUUUCCCGGGAGACCUCAGAAGACAAUGAUGUGUUUGAUGUGGACCAGAACAAUGGGACCCCCUUGCAGGACACAGCGGUGACAGACUCCAAGCGCACAGCGGGCCCGAAGAAUGCCUGGCCGGAUGCCAACCCAGCUGACCCCGGGGGCCGCCCCCAUUUGAUCCGCCUCUUUUCCCGAGAUGCCCCAGGGAGGGAGGACAACACCUUCAAAGACCGGCCCUCAGAGUCAGACGAGCUCCAGACCAUCCAAGAAGACAGCGCGGCUGCUCCCGAGGGCCUGGAUGUGAUGGCGGCUCAGAAGAGACCCUCCCAGAGAUCGAAGUACCUGGCCUCGGCGAGCACCAUGGACCACGCCAGGCAUGGCUUCCUCCCCAGACACAGGGACACGGGCAUCCUCGACUCCCUCGGCCGCUUCUUUGGCGCGGACAGGGGUGCACCCAAGCGGGGCUCGGGCAAGGAUGGACACCACGCAGCCAGAGCCACCCACUACGGCUCCCUGCCCCCGAAGGCGCAGCACGGCCGGCCCCAAGACGAAAACCCCGUAGUGCACUUCUUCAAGAACAUCGUGACACCUCGCACACCUCCUCCAUCACAAGGAAAGGGGCGAGGACUGUCCCUCAGCAGAUUUAGCUGGGGAGCCGAGGGCCAGAAGCCGGGAUUCGGUUACGGGGGCAGAGCUUCCGACUACAAAUCGGCUCACAAGGGCCUCAAGGGGCACGACGCCCAGGGCACGCUUUCCAGAAUCUUCAAGCUGGGAGGACGAGACGGCCGUUCGGGGUCCCCAAUGGCGAGACGCUGAAGCCCUGCCCCGUGUCCCGGAAUCCCGUCCGUCCCCAGCUUCUUAACACAACUGCCUGGAAGUUAACCGCCAGCCGUAGAUUCCUAGCGUAGCCGCUGCCCCCUAACCCUGGCGACAGCGCACAGCAGGCCCCGCGCGCGGCCUGCCGGCUUCUGGCCGGCCGCCCCGCUGUCCCCUCGCCCUUGGAGAUCAGUGACGUCCCCCGAGCUCCGGGGCCGGCGACCCUCCCCCAUCGCCGCCCCCCGUCCCACGAUGGCCCGGGGCGCGGCCCUGGGGACCACCGCGCGGGGCGCGCAGACCGUGCGGCUCCGAGCUUCCUUUGGUUUCUUUCCCGGCCUCUGCUGCUCGCCCCCCGAAGCCCUUCCCCUUCUAACCGAUCGGCUGGGCGCGGAGCAGCUUGGCGGCGGGCGCUUUAGUACGUGACAGGCGGGCGGGCAGCGGGGACUGUCCCGCGUGGUGGCCGCGGCUCACACACCCGGAUGAGCCGGAUCGGCGCGGGCGGAGAGGGCGCGCGGGGGCAGAGUCGGGCCGGGCUCUUCUGGGAAACCGGGCGGCGACGGCACAGGCUCGGCGGGCAGCAGCGCGGCCUCGCCACAACCUGUUUCCACCCGAGCCCGGCGGCCGGCUGGGAGGUGGCGCAGCUCGGAGCGGUGGCAGGAGUUUCCGGGGAGCCUCGCGGUGGCAGGCUGGUCACCGUGAGCGCGAAGGUGACAGGUGGCUUAGCUCAGCACGGCGGUGCACACGGCAAACACUAACCCCCCACCCCCCCACCCCCGGUGGAAACGUAACCGUCCUGCCCGCUUCCUCCCGGAAACCCACUGACAACGAGUACGCUGGCCUUUCCGGAAUCGCCGGCCGAGCACGUGGGGAUGGGCAGAGGUCCUCCAAUCCCGCUCUUUCCUAACGCGAGCUGACAUCUCCUGCGCUCCCCCCGGCCCCCCGUAACCUACUGAUUCCCGCCUUUUGAGUUCAGCAUCUCUCCCACAAGCCCUCCAAGGAGCCCCGCACACUGGCGUCAGCCCCCCUAGGACGGAGAUGAGGACUAGUCAACGUAACGCCCAAACACGACUCUUUAAUCCCCUUCUAAUUCUGAAUGUUUCGUGUGGGUUUAAUAUAAUGUCUAUUAAUAUAUAGCCUCAAUGAUGAGAGGAUAAGAAAAAAAAAAAAGGAAGAAAAUUUCCGAAACAAAACCUCCAAACUGCUCGACACACACACACACACACACACACACACACUGCAUCUUUGAGCUGUUGACUGAGUGACCUCCAUUCGUGGCUACGCCCAACAGCAAGAGCUGUGACCCUGGGUCUCGUGGAAAGUAAGC